AUGGUCGAGAAGAUCACCAUCGAGAAUCUGCGGAAAGAUGCCCUCAACGCUGUUUGCGACGAGUGGAAAUCUAUUAUAAUCUCAAGGAAACGAAAACUACAAGAGCUCUACGCAGUAUGUCGUCACGUCGAGCGCUCAAAGGAAUUCCCCAAUGCCGAUAUUAUGGCGGCUUGGGGAACAGUAGAGGACUAUGGCGCAGCAAACAUGGAGGACGCCGAAAAGCGCUUCCUCGAAGAGAAUGAUAUUGAGAAAGGUAGGUUAUUUAAAGAGUCUACUUUACCACAACAUUCUUCGUACCUUCCCGAACCUGGUGGACUUCCAAAGGCAACUCCUACUCGUGGACUGUCGCACCCAUCCGUAUCCCCCGGAACAUCAACGCCCCCAAAAUCCACAGUGCAGACUUCAAUUCACUUUCCUUCAACAGUUGUUAAACAGCCAAAAGCCCGACCAAAGUCUACAAGUUCGCCUGAGUUACCUGUUGAGAAGAGGCAACGUCGUGAUCCUAACGACGAAUCAGUACGACAUGAGCCAACUGUUGAUCUACCAGCACCGAAUGGGAAUAGAACAGAUGGAGAUUCGACUAUGGAAGAUGAAUCAGCACAACCUUUAGACCAAGAUCACCCUAGUAGAGCUUCCUCAAGCAAACCUUCUCCAGCUGUUGAUGAUUCUCGAUCGGAACCUUUAGCACCAAUAUUCAAUCUUGGAGGUGUCCCAGUGAUCCAAGAGACUACAACUAAGGUACCUGAUGAGAAGGAAGAAGCUUUCGGUGUUCGUCCGCCGCCAAUACCAAAGGCGCUCACAGAACGGCCAGGGGAGGAUGUUACCAUGCAAGAUACCGCACCUUCUGAUAAACCACUCAUCGCAUCAGCCGAAACUGUUCGGGAUCUUGAGAAACUCAAGGAAGCGUCACCAUUACCGAAAUCCACUGAAACAGAAGUUCUUGGCUCUCAAGAAUCAUCUAUAGUACCAGUCACCCCGCCCGUUCGGCCCAUAGCCAAGAUAUUUGAACACAGAGAGGAAGCUCGUCUGCCUGCUCAUCCAUCUCAGCUACAACAGCUUCCACCUCAUGCUCCACUUGUCGUGUUAACUGGACAACACAACCGACCUUACCCGAUAGCUUUUGCCUCACCAGAAAAAGAAGGAUCGGCACACCCAGAGGUAUCUUCUCCCACCUCGUCUGUAGAUGGAGGGGAUGGAUUCGGAACACCGGGAAAUGCUGCAUUAUCUUCUGCAACAAGCCCAGAUGCAAGCCACAUGGCCCUAGAAAGCCAAAGCGCCGGAACAGACAAGAAAGAUACUCGAGAAGUAGUUACCGAGAAUGGUGGUGACAGAAUUGCAUCUGUUUCGUCAUCACAGGCAGAGGAGGAUGAGAAAGCUGGUGUCGUGGUGGAGAAGGAACCAGAAUGCUGUAGCGACCGGCCGGAUGCCGCUCUGCCUUCGGUUUCGAUGGCCGAAGAGGUUGUGGAGGCGGAAGUGGAUACUGAACCAACACUUCCGACAAUUCCGCCGCGAGAAAUUCCGGUAGAAGAGGGGGGUCUGCAAGAGCAAGAAAAGAAGGAAAUAUCUUCUCUACCUAAUGCGGAUGGAGUGGAGGAUCAGCAAGCUACAAAUCCACUAACACAGGAAGCCCCAGUAGUACCUGUAAAGGACAAAGAGCCAACCACUCCGAUAACUUCGAAGCCUAUGGAGUCUAUCGUUGCCGUUUCCUUAGCUGGUCAGCAGUCCCCUGAUCCUUCUGCGCAAUUGAGGUUAGAACAUCAACUAGCAAAUGGCGAACCUAUCGUCCCAUCUACUGUUACCACAAAUAAGGUCGCCUCAUUUAACAAUGAGAUCAAAGCUGCGCCAGAGUUGGUGAUGUCCCAUGCGCACGAUGAGGAGGAUGACGAAGACCAAGUACAGCUUGUGGGCAGUCGAGAACCAGAGCCUCUUUCAGUACGAAGGAAGGCCCCAGCAGAGCCCCCAGCCCAGCAUAGAGAGGAAAUAGUUGAGGCUGUGGAGGAGACUGUCAAGGAGGUGCUCUCAACACAAGAGAAGGAAGUACCAAUUCAUAUACCCUCCCCCGAACCAGAAGUACAAGCAACUAUUGAGGUUAAAGAAAAGACACCAGAACCUGUAGAGGUGAGGGUGGAAACGGAAAUCAAAGAGGACAAAGAAGGAGAAGAGGAGGAGGAAGAGGAGGAGGAAGAGGAGGAGGAGGAGGAGGAAGAGGAGGAGGAGGUGGAAGAAGAGGAGGAGGGUGAUGUGGAAAUGGGAGAAGCUGAGCAUCAUGAUCCCGAAGCGAUCUCGGUUCCCUACCAGCCUAGUCCCGAGCCAGAACCGGAAGGUGAUGAUGAGCUGGACGAUGAGCCCUUGAAGAGAGACGAGAUACCUGGGGAAGAUGAGCGAAUGGAAAUUACAGAAGAGAAGGCGCCGGAGAUGCCCCUAGAUCCAUCACCAAUCCCAGCCACGGCUGAAGAGUCAAGUGCGUCGGCAGCUGAAUCUGCAGAGAAACCAAAUUUUGUUCAACCUAUUCCAGUUACUGACACAACCGCUAUGGAUAUCAACCUUCCAACUCCCGAUGCGACUCGAGCUUCAGUACCCGCCUCGACUAAGUCCGUUUCUCCACCACGACUGAAACUAUCAAAGACAAUAGGCCGAAAUAAGCAAAGAGAGAAAUCGCGGGCAAAGCUGCACAAAGUCGUGAUUUCAUCCGCACACUAUGCAGCGGCGGCCGCAGAAGCAGAGGCCCAGCGGUUGCGUGAGGAUCAGGAAAAUCAGGGCAUGAUAGUCGUUGCACGUCGUCGUGAUCAAGCAGCAGCAGCAAGAGGAAGAAGUGCGCAAUUCCCACCCGGCAGUAAAACUGAUGUUCUCACUCGAUACGGCAUUGCUGACCCGCCACCAACAGACGGGGACAAGAAGAAAAACCUGGAAAUGUUCGAUGUGCUGUAUACCGUGAAAUCGGCUCACACCUCUGCAAAGGAACUCAUCAGUAGAGCUAAUAAGACUGUGAGCACGAGCAACCAUCAAGUGCAUUACUUUGAGUCUCAGGCCGCGAGGAUUUUGGAAAUGAUCCAGAAGAAUCAAGAUACGGGCAACUCUAGCUUGAGGCAGAUUGCGAGAGCAAGGGAGCCUAAGAGGAGGAAAUGCCAUUGGGAUUAUCUCAUUGAGGAAGCAAAGUGGUUGAGAGAAGAUUUCAGGGAAGAGAGAAAGUGGAAGAUUGCGGUCGCCAAGCAGGUUGCUGAUUGGUGUGCGGAGUGGCACGAAAUAGGCGAAGAUAAGCAAGAGUUAGUUGUGGAUAAACGAAAAUGGGGAGUAGUUCCGAAGGGGAUAAGAGACGAGAAGAAAAAGCUUGCUAGUGGAGGCGAUGUGGAAAUGGGAGGUGCAGGGUCCUUUUCAGAAUUAAACCAGCCUACACCGGAGUUGGUUGUUGGGGGCGCGACUCCGGACGACGAGGGAAGCGAAGAUUAUUUUCCGAACGGAAUCGAACAGAGUGGGGGUGUGGGAUGGGGAAUACCAGACUUUUUUGGGUAUCUUCAAGAUCCGCCCCCAGCUGCACUAUUCGCCCUUUCGCCCGAUGAGACUAUAUUUGGGGUUGCACCAACUAAGGCCGCAGAGGACAUGCUGGGACAAUUACCACUAUUUGCACCCCCGAAACCACCUAAUGUUGAGAGUCGAAGAUUUGAGCAUGUCGACGAAGAGUGGAUGACACCUAUCAUUCCAGUGACCAAGUACUGCACGGGUAAGUUGUCGUUGAAACGAGAGGAAGAAGGUCCUCCCCGGAAGAAAAGCCGUUACGAAUAUGAUGAGAACUAUGAGCUAUUCGCCGAUGACUCAGACGAAGACGAUAUUACCAGUGGUGGUCCGUAUGGACAACACGGCAAGCGAGAAAAAGACAAGACAAGAAAGCCUGUCCCAUUGCCCCCAGAGCAGACAGAUGUUGCGCUGUUUAACCCUGGUUCGAAGGCUCUUCUCUCAAGAAUACACAAUGCUCACUUAUUCCGACCGCCAAGUGAUCUGCCUCCACAAGCAUUCUUUGAAUCUCGUUUACCAAGCUUAUGGACUUCUGCCGAAGAUGACAUGCUUAAACAACUGGCAAGAGAUUAUCAUCACAACUGGGCUCUUGUGUCAACUUGCAUGCAACUAGAAGGGACAUGGCAUUCGGGAUCAGAAAGGAGGAGUCCGUGGGAGUGUUUUGAGAGGUGGAUUGGAUUAGAACCGGCGCCGCCGGAUUUCAUGAAAAGUCCAUACUACAAACCUGUUCAACAACGACUCGAUAUUGCGGCAAGAGUUGGUGGCAUAUAUGUUGCUAACCCAGGCAGUGUUGGUGGUAAUAACCCUAAUGGAAUAACAAAGAGACGGGGAACAGUGCCCGUCAAAGUUGAGAAGAGACGGGUAACGAAGUACUUCAAUAUCUUUGAAGCCAUGAGGAAGUUGGCGAAGAAGAGAGAGACAAGUAUCAGCAAACAACAGAGUGGAAGAGCUGCGCAAAUAGCUGCGAUGAGGAAGGCACAAGAUCCUGCGAGCACUACCUCCACCCAGAGGACUCCGGCAUUUUUCAGCAACUUGAAAUACGACCGCGAGCAGAAACAACUAGAACACAAGGCAUUGUAUGCAGCUCAAUUACAGAUGCAACAAGCAGGUAGAAACCCACAAGGACAGCCACUCCCCGCCCAGGCCGGUAGACUUCACCCAGCACAGCAACAAGCUCUUGCACAUGGAGUGCCUGUUCCUGGACAAAGGGUUCCCCAAGCUGCUAUGCCGAAUGGUCUUCCUGCAGGUGCCAGAGCCCAACCAGGUGUCAUUCAGAAUGGGGGUGUUCCUGUAGGUAUGAACGGUAUACCAAUGGGCGCUCGUGUACACCCCCAACCGCAAAUGCGGGCUCCUAUGACUGCCGAACAAAUGGCGCAACUUCGGACUCUUCACCUGAAACAGCAGCAGCAGCAGCAGGCAGCCCAGGGCCAGUCUUAUUCUCAAGCGGGGAUGCAAGGAUUUCCGGCUGGUGCUGUUGGAAGCCGAGAUCCAGCCGCAGUGAAAGCUAUGUUACAGCAAGCGCAACAGGCAGCAUUAGGAGGUCAAAGACCGGCAAACGCAGCCAACGGCCAGGCAGGCUCUCCUAGAAUGCAAAAUCAGCAACCACUAAAUCCCCAGCAACAACAAGCGCCGGCAGGCAGAGGACAAUUUCAGCUAACAGCGGCGGAAAUGACAGCUCUUGUACAGCAUCAGCACCCUCAUCUCCCCCCAUCGGAAAUUGCUAAGGCCACCCAACAACAUCUCGCUAACUAUCAUCACCAAAUCAGACAAACAAUGACCGUGUCAGCAAAUGGAAACGGGCAAGGUAUACCGAACAUGGCAUCAUCUCCGCCUACUUCACAGCUUCUAGCACGCGCACAACAGCAACAGGCCGCAAGGGCUGCAGCGGCCAAUACUGGGCCAAUGAUUGGUGCGAAUGGUCCUGUCGGGCCGGGGGCAAAUGUUGCGAGUAGAAGUGCUACACCACAGCAACAGCGUUCAACAAGCGUACAGAGUCCUAUGAGUGUGCAGCAAAGCCCAAGGCUGGGACAGGCAAUGUUAGCUGGGCAGCAGCAGCAGCAACAGCAGCAGCAACAGCAGCAGCAACAGCAACAGCAACAGCAACAGCAACAGCAGCAACAGCAGGGGCCAUAG